AUGGCCCGACUAGAGCAGUUCGAAAACAUGGAGCGUUUUCCUUUCAUGGCUCUCCCACCAGAGCUUCGCCUCAUGGUUUACGACUUUGCCCUUGAAGACAUCAAAAAGUACACGGAACCUCGGGCGCAUUUAAAGCAACGUGCAGGCUCAAACGUCCCCCAAAACCCAGUCGCUCUGCUCUGGGUGUCACGAUGCAUUCGAAACGAAGUACUGUACCCCAAUACGUCAGCGCUGGAUUUGAGCGUCAGUAUACACCGCCAAAAGGCAAACUGGACUGCCGAGUUUACAGGAAAAUUAUCAUACAAAUAUCUCGCGUUUGCCCCUGCCAAUCCCAUGAAACGCGGACAGUCAUCACCUCGAUGGAUGGGUAUCGAAGAUCGCAAUGCGCAUCAGCUUAUUCGUCUGGUCAGAUCUGCAGUCUUCAGUUUGAAGCUAAGUCAACACUGCUUUCUGGUAGUCACCCUUACUUUUGGCGAUGCAGUUGAUCUCACGGUCCGCAUCGACAGCAAUUGUGCUCGCCUAAACUUCAUAAACGACCCUUAUGGGCUUUUCAAAGCAGAAAAAGACGAUGAGGAUGCCAUUGCCAAAGUCAAAGCUAGAGUCACGGAGAGAUUGGGAUAUUCUACAGUUUGUACCCAGGAGUUGGUCAAAGGCCUUGCUGGUGACUUGAGUACGCUUGGUGUACACACUGAGAAUGGAGACUUCAUCACCCUUCCUCCAAUAUCAAGUUAG